AUGCUGCAAGUAACAGAUCACACACAAGACCUCAGAGAAGCAGAGAUGGAAAACAGCACUCUAAAACAUACAAAUGAAAAUUACCAAAUCGUCACUUUCAAAUGGCAUCAUGUCCAGGAUCCUUAUAUUAUUGCUCUCUGGAUUCUCGUGGCCAAACUGGUAAAACUUGUUUUCCACCUGUCCCAUAAAGUUACCUCUGUGGUUCCAGAAAGUGUUCUCCUCAUUGUCCUUGGAAUUUUCCUGGGUGGCAUUGUAUAUGCAGCUGAUAAUAUUGCCUCCUUCACCCUUACACCAACAGUUUUUUUCUUUUACCUGUUGCCACCCAUUGUGUUAGAUGCGGGAUACUUCAUGCCAAACCGACUAUUUUUUGGCAAUUUAGGGACAAUUCUUCUAUAUGCUGUCAUUGGGACCAUCUGGAAUGCUGCUACAACAGGCUUCUCCCUUUAUGGAAUCUAUCUUACUGGAAUAAUGGGUGAACUUCAUAGUGGAUUGCUAGAUUUUCUCUUGUUUGGCAGUUUAAUAGCUGCAGUGGAUCCUGUUGCUGUGAUCGCUGUGUUUGAAGAAGUUCAUGUCAAUGAUGUUCUCUUUAUAAUUGUUUUUGGAGAAUCACUGCUCAAUGAUGCCGUAACUGUGGUGCUGUAUAAUGUGUUUGAGUCUUUUAUUUCAAUAGGAGCUGAAUAUGUGACCGGUGUAGAAUGCAUAAAAGGCAUAGUAUCUUUCUUUGUGGUGAGCCUUGGAGGUGCUUUAAUUGGCAUUAUAUUUGCAUUUCUGCUCUCGUUUGUCACUCGUUUCACAAAGCAUGUCAGAAUAAUUGAGCCUGGAUUUGUAUUUGUCGUUUCUUAUUUUUCCUACUUGACAGCUGAGAUGCUCUCAUUAUCUGCCAUCCUUGCGAUAACGUUCUGUGGUAUCUGCUGUCAGAAAUAUGUCAAAGCAAAUAUUUCAGACCAAUCUUCUACCACUGUGAGGUACACCAUGAAAAUGUUAGCAAGUGGUGCAGAAACUAUUAUUUUUAUGUUCCUGGGAAUUUCUGCUGUUAAUCCUAAAAUCUGGACAUGGAACACUGCUUUCAUAAUCCUGACACUGGUUUUCAUCUCUAUCUAUAGAAUCAUUGGUGUAAUUCUACAGACUUGGAUUCUAAAUCGCUAUCGAAUGGUACAGCUGGGAAUAAUAGACCAAGUGGUAAUGUCCUAUGGUGGUCUCCGUGGUGCUGUUGCCUUUGCCUUAGUUGUACUUUUGGAUGAGAACAAAGUGAAAGAUAAAAACCUGUUUGUCAGCACAACUAUCAUAGUUGUAUUUUUCACAGUAAUACUCCAGGGUUUAACAAUCAAGCCUUUAGUGAAAUGGUUGAAGGUGAAAAAAAGUGAACACAGAGAACCAAAACUGAAUGAAAAGCUCCAUAGCAGGGCAUUUGAUCACAUUCUUUCAGCUGUUGAAGAUAUAUCUGGUCAAAUAGGACACAAUUAUUUGAGAGACAAAUGGACAAAUUUUGACAGACAGAUCCUCAGCAAAAUACUUAUGAGAAGAUCUGCCCAGAAAACUAGAGAUCAUAUUCUUAAAGUUUUCCGUGAGCUCAACAUGAGGGAUGCUAUUAGUUAUGUGGCUGAGGGAGAGCAAAGAGGUUCAUUGUCUUUCAUUCGCUCUCCAAGUAUUGAACACACUGCCAAUGUGGACUUCAGCAUUAUCAACCAAAUGAAGAGAGAGACUUCUGUCACCCAACUGCUGAGAGAAACUGCCAGUUCUGUCUGCCUUGAUAUGCAAGCAUUAGAACAGAGAAGGAAAAGCAUUCGAGAUUCAGAAGAUAUGUUUACCCAUCAUACUUUACAACUGUAUCUGUAUAAGCCCAGACAGGAGCAAAAUUUUCUGUACAGCCGUCAUAAAAUACCUCUGAAUGAAGAUGAGAAGCAAAAUAAAGAAAUUUUUCACAGAACUAUGAGGAAAAGACUAGAAUCUUUCAAGAGCACAAAACUAGGUUUGAAUCACCAUAAGAAAAUAAACAAAAUUCACAAGAAAGACCGUAGCCAAAAAUGGAAAAAUAGUAAUGUCCUACCAGAUGGAAACCUGCCUGCAUAUGUUAAAGAAAAUGAGUUUUCUGAACCAGAGGAAAAUGAUUAUGGCAAUCCACAGCUAGAUGGAGUGGUAAACUUCCUGGAUUACUUCAACGAAGAUAAUUUCACAGAUACAAAUGGUAAAGAAAUUAAUAUAUACCAUAGUAACUAUGUAGCAUUGUGGUUGUUGGCUUGUCUUUUUUUACAUAGAUAUAUAAAAACAAAAAUUUAUUUUCCAGAAACAUUCUAUCUAAUACAGUAUGAAAGUUACCAUGUUCCUGUUUAUUUAAUUUUGAUUUUUCCUUUGGUGGACUUUUUAAUAGGCAUUGAUAAUCCAGUAUUUUCAGAUGAUAUUGAGCAAAAUGCCUUCAUGAAGUUUACACCUUGGUUAUCCAGUGAUGAGAUGGUGGUACCUUCCCAAAGAGCCAGAGUACAAAUACCUUAUUCUCCAAACAGCUUUCAAAGACUUGCUCCCAUUCGACUCAGCAACAGAUCUACAGAUUCUUUUUUGCAACUAGAUGGUGCUGAAGAACACCCUACAUUUUUUCUCCCAGAAUCAACUCACUUGUAAUUUUAGCAAAUGUAAGGUUCUUAUUUUUCAGUCACUCAGAUCUUUUGUGAUCUAGCAAAUAACCAUUUUCUCUUGUUCAGAAUAUCUUUGGUGUCUUUCUUUAUUUUCUUUUUGGC